AUGUCAAUGUCAAUGUCCUCCUUUGGCUUUCUCCCUUUUCUAAUUCUUCUGAUUAUUGGGAGCUGUGUUGGAAGACCAUUAUAUCCAUUACCAAGUACGGUAUCUGAUGGCGACAAACAGCCCCUACAAACAUCUCGUCCAUAUAAUCUUGCUCAUCGAGGUUCAAACGGGGAGUUUCCUGAAGAAACUACGGCUGCUUACAUGAGAGCUAUUGAAGAGGGGGCAGAUUUCAUUGAAUCGGACAUCCUUGCCUCCAAGGAUGGUGUGCUGAUAUGCCACCAUGAUGUAAUACUAGAUGAUACAACUGAUAUUGCAAAGCAUAAGGAAUUUGCUGAUAGAAAAAGAAACUAUGUUGUCCAAGGCGUGAACACCACUGGGUGGUUCGUAGUUGAUUUUACUCUGGAAGAACUGAAGACAUUGGGUGCGACGCAACGGUACAGUUUCCGUGAUCAACAAUACAAUGGGAAGUUUCCAAUUAUCACUUUUGAAGAGUACAUUUCAAUUGCACUGAACGCAAACAGAAUUGUUGGAAUCUAUCCAGAGAUUAAGAAUCCUGUUUUUAUCAACCAGCGAGUCAAAUGGGCAGAUGGGAAGAAGUUUGAAGACAAGUUUAUGGAGACACUGGAGAAAUAUGGAUACAGAGGUUCAUACAGGUCAAAAGAAUGGUUGAAGCAACCGGCCUUUGUCCAGUCCUUUGCUCCAUCUGCGCUCGUAUAUGUUUCGAAUCUCACCGACUUGCCCACGAUUUUAUUAAUUGAUGAUGUGACAAUACUAACAGAAGACACCAAUCAGACAUACUAUGAACUUACUUCGGAUAGCUAUCUUGAUUUUUUAAGCAACUAUGUGUUGGGAAUUGGACCCUGGAAGGAUACAAUUGUUUUUCCAACAAAUAAUUAUUUGGAUGCAGCUACUGAUCUUGUUGCCAGAGCACAUGCUCAUGGCCUACAGGUGCACCCAUACACCUUCCGGAAUGAAAAUUCUUUCCUACACUUCGACUUCCACCAAGAUCCAUUCAAUGAAUAUGAUUACUGGAUAAACAAGAUUGGAGUUGAUGGACUCUUCACAGACUUCACAGGAAGCCUCCAUACUUACCAAGAAUGGGCCUCCCCUCUGUCUUCCCAAAAUAAGGAUGGCACAUCGAAGUUGGUGAAGAAGAUUGCAUCAUUGAUUGCCUCCUUUAAAAGGGGAUGACAGAGAUGUGAUUGCAUCAAUUAUCUCAUCAUACAUAAAAGAUAGUAGAGAUGUUCUUCAUUUGUGGUUACAUUAUUUCAUCUAUUUAUUGAUAAAUUUGUAAUGGCUACAUUUUGU